GGCUGCCUCUCUGUUGUAAUAUUAAGUCCCAACCCACUUGACACUGUGACUGAAUUCUAUAUUUUUAUGCAAAUCCCUAACGUAAGGCCUGAUCACAGCAGGCACUCAACAUGCACCUGCUGAACUGAGUUUAGGUCUUCAGUGAUCAGACCCUUGUUAGCCCAUCUGACCCUUGAAACAUGGCAGGAAAGUGCAUGGCCCUGCUAAAUAAUCCUGCUUUUCCCGGCCAGCACCUCCUGAAUGGUCCCAGUGCCUGGUUCUAAAGCCCAGGGUCAGUCAAACGUGAUGUGAUGCACUUUUGUGAAGCAGGAGACUGUGGAUUUGGAACCAAGCUGACUUUGGUUCAAAUCCCAGUUCCUCAGCUCUGAAUUCCAGUUUUUUUUUCACCAAUAAAAUGGGAGUAAUAAUACCUUCCUGCUGUCUUUCCCCUGGCUGAGACUCCUCCAGGGCACACAGUGGGCAGGAGGUGACCGUUCAUGCCUCCCCUGUAGUCCCCACCACCCAGCAGCUCCUCGGCCUCUUCUCAUCAACUGCAUCCUCAUCCCCUCCGCACCCUCCGAGGCUCCGCAAGUGUUCCGAGGAGCAGCCAUGUCUGCCCUGUACCCUUCUCUGGAGGACCUGAAGGUGGACCAAGCCAUGCAGGCACAGGCCCGAGCUGCACCCCGGAUGCCCGCCCUCCCAGCCCAGGAGGCAGCUGCCUCCCCACCUUCAGGUUUGUACCCCAACCUGGCAGAAUUGGAAAGUUACAUGGGUCUUUCCCUCUCCAGCCAAGAAGUCCAGCAGAAUCUGCCCCAGAUUCCAGAGGAUGACAAUCCGGCGGCUUCAGGCCCCUCGCCCGGCCAGGUGGUGGCGCCGGUGACCGGGAACAGCCUGGGCGUGCGGCGCGCCGAGAUCAAGCCCGGCGUGCGCGAGAUCCACCUGUGCAAGGACGAGCGGGGCAAGACCGGGCUCCGGCUGCGGGCCAUCGACAAGGGGGUCUUUGUGCAGUUAGUCCAGGCCAACACCCCCGCUUCCCUCGUGGGGCUGCGCUUUGGGGACCAGAUCCUGCAGAUCAAUGGGCGCGACUGUGCCGGCUGGAGCACAGACAAAGCCCACCGGGCCAUGAAGAAGGCCUCGGCUGAAAGGAUCGUCAUGGUCGUUCGGGACAGGCCGUUCCAGCGGACGGUUACCAUGCGCAAGGACAGCAGGGGCCACGUCGGCUUCGUCAUCAAGAAGGGGAAGGUCAUCUCUGUGGUCAAAGGGAGCUCUGCGGCCCUCAACGGGCUCCUCACCCACCACUACAUCUGUGAGGUGAACGGGCAGAACGUCACUGGGCUGAAGGACAGAGAGAUCACUGAGAUUCUGGCCUUGGCUGGGAGCACCGUCACCUUGACCAUCAUCCCCACUGUGAUCUAUGAGCACAUGAUCAGAAAGUUGUCCCCGACCCUGCUCCAACACACCAUGGACCAUUCCAUCCCAGAUGUCUGAAGCCACAGGACAGCUCCGGCCGCCGCCCUCCCAUCCUCCAUGUCAGGGACAGCGCAGACCACGGCCGCAGCCUUGACCACAUCCCCCAAAAACACAAGACACAAAGGAAGGCCACGGGACAGCAAGAC